AUGGAUCCAAGACUACACCAGGCUGCAAGGCUGGGAGACCUUGCUGCUUUGAAAUCACUAUUAGAAGAAGAUCCACUUCUCCUGGAAAAGGUUGCUCUAUCACCCUCUGCUGACACUCCACUGCAUGUCACUACGCUUGCUGCUAAAACAGACUUUGCAAAAGAGAUUCUCCUUAGAAUGCCAAACUUUGCAUGGGAAUUGAACCAAGAGGGGUUCAGUCCCUUGCACAUAGCUGCAGCCAUGGGCAACAUUGAGAUAACCAGAGAGCUGUUAUCCCUGGGGCCGGGGCUCUGCCUUGCUAAGGACAAGCUGGGUCGAACUCCACUUCACUGGGCAGCUGUCAAAGGGAGGGUGGAGAUAGCUGGGGGGUUGCUUUCCCACUGUUAUGAGGCUGUUAGAGAAAUAAGUGAUAGAGGGGAGACUGCUCUUCACUUGGCUGUGAAGAACAACCAGUUUGAAGUGCUCAAAGUUUUGGUGGAAAAGCUUGGUGAGGAUGAUCGUGAUCAGCUCAUAAACGCCCAGGAUGAUCAAGGCAAUACCAUCUGUAAGUUGGCUGUGGCUAAGGGUCUGGUCAAGGCACAAAAGUUACUCAAAAAUCAAAGCAAGCAAGACAAGGAAGUUGCAGAGGUUUCUCCCCAAGAUGUUCAAAACCAGGAACUUCAAACUAAUCAGGGGACAAUUCAAGUAACUGAUCCCUACCCGUUGCACCAACAACCAAAUGACUCUAAAAGACAGGCAGAGGCUAUGAUCCUAGUUGUGGUAAGUUUGAUAGCAACAGUGACUUACCAAGCAGGCCUUGCCCCUCCUCCAACUAUUUGGAAAGAGGACAUGAAACUAGACUUCGACUGCAUGUUCCGUACGCCACCGGAGAUAUCGUUAAGAGGGUCCACCCAAUACAUGCCCGGCAUUUACAUACUAUCUUUUCAUGUCCUUCAACACGGCCGGAUUCUGUUCCUCCAUCUUCCUCCUUUUCUCAUAUCGGGACAAGGCCUUUGUGGCAGCUCUCCUGCCCACUUCCCUCACCUGCAUGGUGUUCACUUACAUAACUUUAUCCCUCACCAUGUCGCCCAAUGCCAUCACCUUCCUUAUGAUAUACCUCAUUACAAUCAUGAUCUUUGUCUACAUUCUUAUCAGGGUUAAGGCCAUACAAGCGAUGCUUCAGCGAGCUAGUAGUGCAGGAGGAAAAGUUGUAAGCAAGUUAGUAUCUAAGUUAAGAACUAAGCGACAGUCAUCUGAUCGGGAAAACGACUCCAAAAUAUAAAUAUAGUCCUUGACCUUGUGGAUGAUGUAAUGAGCAGUACCUUUCUUUAGUGUUUGAUGUACAUGUUGAAGUAGUUUGUGUAGAAUGAAAGCUUAUU